AUGCAGCCAGACUGUGUGUGCUCAAAUGAAUUUGCUCACAAUGAAAAAGAGCCAACGUUGAGUGGCGCUUCCAACAAAGAGCAUUGUGCUCUCUUGGGCUUUUCACCCCCGGGGCAGGUCCAUUAUACUGUAUGUACCGUACGGUACUGGAGCAAGACUGAUGAGGUCAAUCGACGGUACGUUGUGCAAAGCACUGGGAGCAGCAACGAUAUUUUGGAGGCUGACUGCAGUAGUAGCGGAGAAGAUGCUGAAGACGCCGUCACUGGAAACAGCAACGAUGAGUUGGAUCGUGAGGCUGACUGCAGUAGUAGGGGAGAUGCCGAAGAUCCCAUCACUGCUUCUGUGGGUGAUGGCAAAGCACCCAGCUUGGUAGGAGCAGAGCAACUUGAUGUUGAGGCCUGA